AUGUACUGUAAUAAUCCUCAAGCUCCACGUCUAGCACUGUGCCAUCUACUAGACCCCAUCGAAGGCUCAAAAAUUGCUUUUGUUCAAUUUCCUCCACGCUUCAGAGGGAUUAAUCCAAGUGACAUAUAUAAUAGUGAGUUCACAAGGCCGUAUAUAAUAAAUCCUGAAGGGUUAGACGGGAUUGGUGCUGUCAAUUGUGUUGGCAGCGGUCCCUUCGUUAACCGAAAAGCAUUUUAUGGUGCCCCAACUCAAUCGAAAGUAAACAUAUUCCCCGGAUUCAACGGUGAUCUUGAAGGUGCUUUGGAUAGAAUAACAAUGAGUAGUUCAAAACUAAUUUUGGAAGCAGCUAGUAGAGUUACAGAUUGCAAUUAUGAACGAGGAACAAAUUGGGGAUUAACUUUGGGUUUCAGAUAUGGAUCCAUGGUUGAGGAUUUUUUAACAGGCUUUCGGAUGCAAUGUGAAGGAUGGCGAUCAGUAUUUUGCAAUCCGACAACUCCAGCAUUUCUCGGAGAUUUCCCAAUCAGCUUGAACUUUUCGUUAGUUCAAGUGCAACGAUGGUCGCUUGGAUUGACUGAGGUUGGGUUCUCAAAGUAUUGCCCAUUCAUAUUUGGUACAAAAAACCAUUCUCUACUUAUGGGUAUGGCGUAUGGAUUCUAUUCAAUUUGGCCUUUGUGGGCAAUCCCUAUGAUCAUAUAUGGUGUUCUUCCACAGCUUUGCCUUAUACACAACAUAUAUUUGUUCCCUAAGGUACCCGUAACUUUCUCUAAGCUUGGUUUAUCAUUUAAGGUCUCUGAUCCAUGGUUUUAUCUAUACACAUACCUCUUUUUAGCAACAUAUAUUCAAGAUUUUAUAGAGAGUUAUUAUGUAUAUGGUAUAAACCUCAAAAGCUGGUGGAACGAACAAAGAAUGUGGUUGAUGCGAGCAGCAUCGUCUUGCGUUUUUUCAUUUAUAGAACUCAUACUGUACCAAAUUGGUAUCACGCCAGAUUUCAGCCUUACAAGCAAAGUCAUCGACGAUGAGCAACAAAAAAGAUACAACCGAGAGAUAUUUGAUUUUGGAGUAGAUUCGCCAAUUUUCGUGAGCUUAUCAACAUUUGCAUUGGUCAAUUUAGUCUCAUUUAGUUUUGGGAUCAUGAAGAUAAUAUUUAUUGAUGGAAAAUUAGAAGAGAUGUUGGUUCAGUUGUUUCUAAGUGGAUUUGUGUUGGUGAAUUCCUGGCCUAUUUAUGAAGCUAUGGUGUGGAGAAAAGAUGGAGGAAGAAUGCCUGCGAAAGUAACUUUGAUAUCUGCUCUAAUCACAUUGGUUCUUUGUUAUGCGUCCGGAUUCGCUACGAAAUGA